CCAUUUGCAUAUGUUUGCAAUUGUAGUGUCUGUGUGGUGGAUUGAGAAAGUGAAUGUUGGGGCUUUGGAGUACUCUAGGUUUUUGUUUGCCAUGGACAAAGGGUGGACACAGUUACACUUGUUUGUAAUCUUCCUGCUCUUUUUGAGUAAUGCUCAUGGAUUUAAAGCUGGAGCUCAUUCAGAUGCCAACCACUGGUGGGGCCAACCUUCAGAUAAAUCUUUCUCACCUCGUGCAGUCCAGUCUUCUGUGUCAGAGGUCCCUGUGACUGGGAUUUUGCCUGAAGAAGUGGGCUCUAGUUUAUUCACUAACAGACCCCUGAAAAGGUUGAACUUGCUCCAAUUUGUUAAAGGUGGUGUUUCCAGCAGGCAUGAAUCAAUGUCCCAUGCCCAGACCACUCCAAGCAGCUCUGUUUUAGCUUCCUUGCCUGUACCCUUAAAUGAACUGCAUGCAGGCCAUUUGACAUCACUCCAGGGUUCCUCUGGUUCAGCCGCUACAGAUACUACUAGUGUGUCUACGCAAGGAGAAAGUAGCUUCCCUGCCACACUUGGCAAUUCUGGCCUGUCCACCAGUGAUCAAAGUUCCCCUAGUUUGUACGUGACCAGUUCCCUGGAAACCUCUGGUGCCUUGGGUCAAUAUAACCCGGGCUCCUAUAACGAGCUCAGUUCUUCAUCUGUUUCUAGUCCGUCUACCAGUGACCAGAGUACCCCCAGUUUGUAUAGUUCUAGCUUUCAGGGAAAUUCGGGCAGUUUUUUGGAAGCUUCUGGCUCUUUUCAAGGGGAAGUGGCAGGGCUUGGCUCUCAUGUUGACUUGUUUCCCCAAUCACAGGACCGCUCCAGUCAGCUUCUACCCUCACCCUUGGAGGUCUCUAGCCAGUCUACUAAUGGUCAAAGCACUCCCAGCCUGUUUAUGCUUGGCUCUGACAGCAGUUCAGGAUCACAGUCAGCAGGUCCUGCUUCACCUCUAGACACUCAGGGUAGUCUCUCUCAAAGCAUUUCUAGCCAGUCCACAAGUGUUCAGAGUUCACCUAGUGUGUCUACAAGCACCCAGAGCAGGUCUGCCACUCCAUUAACUUCCAGUAACUUAUUCCCUGUGCAGGGAGGUAGUAGUUCUACUUCUAGCUUAUAUCUGAAGCCUCAGGGCACUCUUGGUCGGUAUGCCCCUGCGUCCCAUACCAAAUAUGCGAGUAUACCCAUGUCGUCACACCUAGCUAUUUAUAGCCAGUCAAAAAGUACCUCUGGUCCUUGGUUUGAGGGCUCUACUGGCUUUGCCUCCCAGGGAAUGAGUAGCACUUACAGUGGUUCUGUCCAGUCUCAAGGUACCACAAGUCAGUUUGCCUCUGGGUCUCCAUCCUCCUAUCCAAUUGUAACACUAUCCUCACCCCAAGGUUCCGCCAGUCAGUCCGCUACAGCCCAGAGUUCAUGGAAGCAGUUUGCCUCUAGAUAUGGCACCCAGUCAGGGUCCUCUAAGCCAAUCACCCUGCAGGGAAGCACUUACGGUGGAUCACUCGAGCCUCAAGGUACCACAAGUCAGUUUGCAUCUGGGUCUCAAUCCUAUCCAAGUGUAUCACUAUCCUCGCCCCAAGGGUCCUUCAGUCAGUCUGCUGCAGUCCAGGGUUCACGGAAGCAGUUUGCCUUUAGAUAUGGCACCCAGUUAGUGUCCUCUAAGCCAAUCACCCUGCAGGGAAGCAAGUAUGGUGGCUCACUCCAGCCUCAAGGUACCACAAGUCAGUUUGCAUCUGGAUCUCCAUCCUAUCCAAGUGAAUCGCACUCCUCGCCCCAAGGUUCCUCCAGUCAGUCUGCUGCAAUCCAGAGUUCACGGAAGCAGUUUGCCUCUAGAUAUGGCACCCAGUCAGGGUCCUCUAAGCCAUUCACCCUGCAGGGAAGCACCACUGAUGGUGGGUCACUCCAGCCUCAAGGUACCACAAGUCAGUUUGCCUCUGGGUCUCUAUCCUAUCCAAGUGCAUCACUAUCCUCGCCCCAAGGUUCCUCCAGUCAGUCUGCUGCAGUCCAUAGUUCACAGAAGCAGUUUUCCUCUAGCUAUGGCACCCAGUCAGGGUCCUCUAAGCCAUUCACCCUGCAGGGAAGCACUUAUGGUGGAUCACUCCAGCCUCAAGGUACCACAAGUCCGUUUGCAUCUGGGUCUCAAUCCUAUCCAAGUGCAUCACUAUCCUUGCCCCAAGGGUCCUCCAGUCAGUCUGCUGCAGUCCAGAGUUCACGGAAGCAGUUUGCCUCUAGCUAUGGCACCCAGUUAGUGUCCUCCAAGCCAAUCACCCUGCAGGGAAGCAAGUAUGGUGGAUCACUCCAGCCUCAAGGUACCACAAGUCAGUUUGCAUCUGGAUCUCCAUCCUAUCCAAGUCAAUCACACUUCUCGCCCCAAGGUUCCUCCAGUCAGUCUGCUGCAAUCCAGAGUUCACAGAAGCAGUUUGCCUCUAGAUAUGGCACCCAGUUAGUGUCCUCCAAGCCAAUCACCCUGCAGGGAAGCACUUACGGUGGAUCACUCCAGCCUCAAGGUACCACAAGUCAGUUUGCAUCUGGGUCUCAAUCCUAUCCAAGUGUAUCACUAUCCUCGCCCCAGGGUUCCUCCAGCCAGUCUGCUGCAGUCCAGAGUUCACAGAAGCAGUUUGCCUCUAGAUAUGGCACCCAGUUAGUGUCCUCUAAGCCAAUCACCCUGCAGGGAAGCACUUCUGGUGGAUCAUUCCAGCCUCAAGGUACCACAAGUCAGUUUGCAUCUGGGUCUCAAUCCUAUCCAAGUGAAUCACUAUCCUCGCCCCAAGGUUCCGCCAGUCAGUCUGCUGCAGUCCAGAGUUCACAGAAGCAGUUUGCCUCUAGAUAUGGCACCCAGUUAGUGUCCUCCAAGCCAAUCACCCUGCAGGGAAGCAAGUAUGGUGGAUCACUCCAGCCUCAAGGUACCACAAGUCAGUUUGCACCUGGGUCUCCAUCCUAUCCAAGUGAAUCAUUAUCCUUGCCCCAAGGUUCCUCCAGUCAGUCUGCUGCAGUCCAGAGUUCACAGAAGCAGUUUGCCUCUAGAUAUGGCACCCAAUUAGUGUCCUCCAAGCCAAUCACCCUGCAGGGAAGCAAGUAUGGUGGAUCACUCCAGCCUCAAGGUACCACAAGUCAGUUUGCAUCUGGAUCUCCAUCCUAUCCAAGUGAAUCACACUCCUUGCCCCAAGGUUCCUCCAGUCAGUCUGCUGCAAUCCAGAGUUCACAGAAGCAGUUUACCUCUAGAUAUGGCACCCAGUCAGGGUCCUCUAAGCCAUUCACCCUGCAGGGAAGCACCACCGAUGGUGGGUCACUCCAGCCUCAAGGUACCACAAGUCAGUUUGCCUCUGGGUCUUCAACCUCCUAUCCAAUUGUAACACUAUCGUUGUCCUCGUCCCAAGGUGUUGCUGACCAGUCCGGCCAAGCAGUUCAAAGCUAUUCUGGGUACCAAAGCCAAAAGUCUCAAAGAUGGCAGCCUUCACGAGGUAUUCAUGCCUCGGGUGGAGCUGCAUCAUGGGGUAGCUCUCUGUCUCAAAGCUCUCCAAUGCAGAGUUUCUUUUCUUCCCUGUCGUCAGCAGGAGGCUCAUCUUCAGCAUAUCCUGGACCAUUUGUUUCUGCACAGGGUGGUAGCAGCAGACAUGGUGGCAUUUCUCUUCAUUCUCAAAGCCCCUCUAGGAAGUACACUCCUGGGUCUCAUGCAUAUGCCAUGCUUGGUUCCUCUCCCCUAGCUGUUUCUAGCCAGUCUACCAGUGAUAAGUGGUCAAAUGGCCUGUAUAGGUCAGAGUCUCUGGGAUUCCAGGGUCUCAUUGGUGUAAUUGAAAGACCCUCUAGGCUCUCGUCUCAAGCUCCUGACUCUACAAGCAGUAACCAAAUAUCUGAGCAUUUUGGGACCAUGAAACGCCCCACAGGUUCAAACCUAACUCCAUCUCUAGGCUUGAGUGCCCUAGAAUCAUCUGUUGGCAUGUUCUACAGUAUCCCACAGACUGCACAUGCACUACGUAACUCUGGGUCAGAUGUCCAGCUAAACAAUAAACCAUUCCUCAAUCAGCGAUAUUCUGUAAAGGGCUAAGGAACUCUAUAAAACAGCUAUGUUAUGCAAAGUGUCUUCCAGAAUAAAAAAAAUCAAAUGUU